UAGUAUUUGUGAAGUAGGAGUACCUGUGGUACACAAUGACCACUACACAAUCAGCAACAGCUCGAAUUCAGCCAAAGAAACAAACUUUAGAAGAUGCCUAUUCACCCCCUGCCAAUUUCUUAGAGAUAGAUAUUGCUGAUCCUCAAACUCAUGGGGUCGGGAAAAAACGAUACACAGACUAUGAAGUUAGAAUGACGACAAAUUUACCUGUAUUUAAAGUAAAAGAAUCUGGUGUACGAAGAAGAUACAGUGACUUUGAGUGGUUACGGAAUGAAUUAGAAAGAGACAGUAAGAUUGUGGUACCACCACUUCCUGGUAAAGCCCUGAAAAGACAGUUACCAUUCAGAGGUGAUGAUGGAAUAUUUGAGGAUGAAUUCAUUGAAGACAGAAGAAAAGGACUUGAACAAUUCAUAAACAAAGUUGCUGGCCACCCAUUAGCACAGAAUGAAAAAUGUUUGCACAUGUUUUUGAUAGAACCAGUGAUUGAUAAGAACUAUGUACCUGGUAAAAUAAGAACAACUUGAGGUCACCAAAAAACACCAUUUUAAUGUUGUGAAUAUUUCUGUACAUUUAUUCUGUUUUAUAGAGUUAGACUUCGUAUAAUUAUGGACAUACUUAAAAUGCAUUACCUUAGCAUUUGGUUUUUCCUUCAAAUUAGUGUAUUUAAAUUUUGACAAAGAAUGAGAAAGAAAGGAAAAAAUAUAACAAAAAAUCUAUUCAUAAUCAAUUUCUUUUAUUUUUAUAUACAUAUUAGCACACAAGGUCUUGCAUGAAGAAAAAAUGAAUGAUUGCCAAUAAUUAUCGCUUUGUGUAAACACGAUGUACAUUCACAAGUAGACUUUUGUUUACUUUUUUUUUUUUUGCAAUUUAUCUGAAUAAUAUUUUAAUUGUAAAGUUAAUUAUAAUCAAAUAAUAUAUAUUAUGUGUAUGUGUUUUAUAAAUAUACUUGCUACACUGUAAUAUCUAAAUGAUUAAGUUCUGAUUUACCUAGAUAUUAUGUUUACUUAUGUAAAUUGACACAUUUUUUGAACAAAAUUCUGAUUUACCUAGAUAUUAUGUUUACUUAUGUAAAUUAACACAUUUUUUUAACAAUAAUCUCGAAAACAAAUGCAUAUCACUGUGGGCGGGUACAUACUAAAACAUUGAUUUUAUAUUGGUAGAUAUGUAACAAAAUGAAGAUACUAAAUUGUAAUCUCACUUUCACAAUAAUAAGAAGUUCAAUUUAUUCAAGAUUAUUUACAAGAUGACAUUCCAUUAUCAUUUGUUUCAAGAUUGUUUUAGUUUUAAGGUUAUGGCUUGAAACUAUUUAUUUAUACUGACAUUUUUUGUGAUUAAAAUAUUAUUAUUCAAAAACUUCAGAAUACUUGUAUACAGUAAAUCAAACUAAUGUGAUGGUCAGAUUCACUAAUAUCUUAUUGUUUUCACUGUAAGUUUUAUUUAUAACUGUUACAUGACAGAUACUUUAAAUUCACAGAUUUUUGUGUGCAUGUAUUAUUGUGUAUUUUAAACAAUUGACACAAAUGCUAGAUUAAUUAGGUAUUGCAACUUUAGAAAUUGCUGCAUACAAAUAAUUCUAUCACAAUUUGAAAUGUGAGUUUAUCCUAUUGCAAUUUUAGAAAUAACAAAAACACUUCAAAACUUUUUGAAUUUACAGUACUGUAGUUGAUUUAUAUGUAGUAAAAAAUUGAUAUUAUCGAUUAGGGGAAGACAUUUAUUAGGUUUUACCCUCAUGAAAUAAAUGAACUUACACAUACAAUGAAUAUAAUCUGUGGAGAUGGAUUUUAAAACACAAUACAUGCUGGAAAUUUUAUUUCUGAAUUCAUGAUCACAAAAUGUAAACAUUGUUUACGUACAAGCUAUCCCACCAUUUACGUUAAUGAUCAAUCUGCAUGAUACAUGUCCUUUCCAGCACAAGCACUAAAAUAAUAAAAUAAUGUUGUAUAUGCAUUUUAAGUUACAAUACACUUAAGAACAUUGAGGUAAUCACAAAUGAAACAGGAUGAUUGCUGAUGAUAAUUUACUAUUGCCAGGUAUACCACUCUGAACUCUGUUAAUAUAAUCAUGUGGGGAAACAAUUGUGUGUCUGUACAGUAGAUAUCAGCCAGUUAUUCACUACAAGUAUGUUUGCGCAAGGAACUCAAAUAUUUCCUUGAAACCCUUCUCAUAGGGCAUUAUCAUUUUUUGUUUUGUUUGGGGCCAUAAUAACAAGCAAAUUAUUUUAAGUUCAGCAUCAAAGUUAAGUAUAAAACUACCAGCAUUAAGACAAAUAAUGUUUUGUGAAGUUUGAAUCAGUUUUUUAUUGCUCCUUUUGAGUUAAAAUUUUACUCUUGAUUCUGGAGAGCAAAGUUUUUUCAAUGAAAUAUAUUCACACAAACUUCAUGGGAAAUGUCCAGUUUAGAUAUCUAUUAUUUUCUUGCAAGUAUUGAAUUGGUAAAAUUGGUAUAAUAAAACUUGUGAUUCAAUGAAAUAUUUUAAAGCUUCUGUAGGCCACAAAAAAAAAUAGCUUCUCUGGUCAAUUCAUUAGAAAUUUAUAAUUAGACAGGUAGACGUUUUAUUUUUUUUUUUAAACUUCCUUGCAUGUCACCAACAAAAAUGCAAUCUUGAUUGACAGAUUUUUUCUUAUUACACUGGACAUCAAGUUUGAAAAGCUUUAAACUAUUGACAUAAAAAAAAUCUGUUGUUUUUUUUUACAUAGAUUGCUAUUUAUAAUUAGGAACUGGAAUGUAAUCUAGAAAUGACAACUUUUUAGAUUUUACCAGAUGCUUAUUCAUUGUAUUCAGGUUUUUUUUACUUGACUAUGUAUGAAAAUAAAUUCAUAUGUUUGUGUAUUGCUUUUUACAAAACUGGUAUUUUUCCCUUACCAAAUUACAGCUGAUACAACAUUUUUUGUCCACAUAAUGUAAUGAGAUUUAAGAUUGUAAUUGUAAAAAGAUGAAAUUACAUGGAAUCAUCUUGACCAUAGAAUUUUUUAUUUGGAAAAACCUAAACAGCAAAGAAAACAGUUGUCUGUCAGAUGUACUUCAUAAGUGAAGUUAAUGAAGAUCAAAUUAACAAAUGGAUUUUGGAAACAUGUACAGGUUGUUUUUAUUGGUAUUGAUGAAGUUUAAAGGACAUAAAGAAGUGAAUAAUUUGUUGUAGAAGAAAGUGAUAGAAAAUGUUUUGUAACUGUUGUUUAAGGUACACUGUAGUCUUUUCUCAAGAGAUUAUUUUAUGAAGAGGCUGAAAUAAAUAUUUAUUAUUUUGA